ACUUUUAUUAGUGGCGAUAAAGUUGUACUUUUAUUGAAGAAAUUGUAAACAAAAACAAACAAAUUUAAGAAUACAUCGUCUGGUUGGGAAUCGGACAAAACGAUACUUUUAUUGUAGAAAACAUCUUCAAAAUGUCAAGUAAUUUUCGUUACACUGUUGUCAAAACUAUAAGACCAUACGUGAAAUAUUUUCCUCAACUAACAAAACCCGUAAUGAGGGUCCUCAUUCAGGUGUCGGUCCAUUAUAUUGAAAGCAGCAAAUGUUCCCCCGAAGUUCUGGAUUUAGCGUUAAAUAAACUUACUCAUGCUGGACAUAACAUUCCCGACAACUUCUGCGAACUUUUCGCUGCAGUUUUACAAAUAAUGCAAAUAUUUUUACGUACUCCCAAGGGCACUGUCAAGCCGGAUGAAUUAAGAGAUUGUUUAAAGGAGGAUCUUAGAUUUAGCGACGAGUGCAUAGAGGAUCUAACAAAAGUUUUACACAAUCACCGUUUUUCACUUACAAAAAAUUUUGUUGAAGCAAAGAUGUUACGUUCCUGUGCCAAAAACUUGCAAUGGCGUAUCAAUAUAUCAUUACAUCAGAGACUGUCGCGUGGCCCAUCUGCUGUCACGCCAACAAUAAUUUUGCACUUUCAGUUAUCAGAUGGGCGCUAUCGCACUCUUGAACUACCGUUGUCAAUGUUUCAUCGAUUACGUUACAAUGUGGCCCUUUUACUUAGUGAAAUCCAAGCUCUAGAGCAGCGUGCAGUAAUGAAGAAAUUCUAAGACCGUUUCAUGGACAGCUUUUGAUUACAUUAUUAUAAGUGUCUUACACAGAAAUACUUACACAUAAGUACAUAUAGGUGUGUAAUAAUAAUGCUGUCAUUAUAGUAUCAUAUCGUUACCAAAAAUAUAAAUAGCUCUAAUUAAGACUAAUAACUUUAUAGGAAUUAUGUAUUUAUAUUUUUGCUUUAAUAAUUUUCGGCUUCUAAUGCGGAAUUCUUGAAUGUUAAUUAGUGAUUUGCAUAAUUACAACGAUAUAGGUAUUACACGUAUUCCUAUAAGUAUCAAGGUAUUAAAGAUGUACAAUGCCUAUUAUAAAAGCUACUAAUAUUAUACAUGCUACAGAGUGGAUUUUUUAUUUAGGUUUUAAAAAUUACUCUUUGCAAUACUUAUAGCCAAAACAAAAAAAAAUAUAAAUGCUUUUAAAUAAAUUUGUUAUACAUACUACAUAAGAAGCAUAA